GUGGUGACGCAGCUCAUUGAUGCCAAGGCAGACAUGGAUUUUCGUCUUCAGACGCCUCUCCUGAGCCCCCUGGGCUUACUUUUCGCUUGCAUGGGACUGCGACAUCGCUGGAGGGCGAGUACUCUGAGCACCUAUGCUUAUCAUCACGAGAAUGCCACGCCUCUCAUGUGCA